UGCAUUUGCAUGGAGAUGAGUCCUGCCUUCCUGGCUGGCCUGGCUCUCGCUCUGCUCGGCGUCUGCCGCACGGAAACUGGGGAUCUCUUCAGGAUCGUCUUUUUAGUUUUAGUUUCUUACCAGGAACGGAGAGUUCUACUCGUGUACUCUGAGGCAGAUAGAAUACACUGGAUUCGAUGUUUCUCAAAGAAAAUCAAACACGAUCAGAAAAACAUGGAAGGAGAUCAACAGGAUAAUCCAGUGAUUCGUCAUGGAGAUUCGAAAUUAGUCAGGGUCAUUCGAGCUGUUCUACUGGAUGAUUCGAAUGACUCGGACAGUGUGAAGCUUAUUGACAAAGAUGAUAUAUAUGAUGAUUCUGGACUGUACCAUCAUCCUGAGUUUAUGCCCUGCUCUGAUAAAUGUCACUGUUCUCUGCUGGAUGCUAUCUGCUCUCUUAAGGAAAGAAUUCUUGAUCAAGCUAGGAUUCUCAGUGAAAUGGAUAGCGUUAACGGUGAGGCGAGGUGUAACGUAAAGUUGACGAAUAGCGAGGAGAGACUCUUUGGGGGAACCAUAAAGAGCGACUCGUUGGUAUGUUACAUUUUGAUUCGUGAAUUGAGAGCUCAACGACAGGAUCUCAAGGACAUGACGAAUCGCUGGGUGGAAUUUAUCAAUAUGGCUGAUAGGUUUGCCUUGAAGUCUGCCGAUAUUCGUAAUAGAUUGGUAGCGGAUCUGUUACCGACAUUGGAAUCAAUGGCGAAUCGUUUGAACGACAUUGAACGCAGUGAAUUGGCAGACGAGGAAUUGAGACAGAAGGACCAUCAGAAUUAUCUGCAAAGGAUGGAGGAGCGUUAUGGGACUUUGAAAAAAUCCGCAGACCGAUACGUCGAAGCAGAGGAGCAGGAUCAUAUUGUCCGUUCCUUGAGGCGCUCUAAGGACGAUCAACGCGAGAAGGAGCGUAUAAAGGAUAGAAGUGCCUUGAAGUUUGUCCUUAAGAGAAUGAUGCAUCUAAUGGGAGCUCCGAAACCCUUGGAGAUACCACCCCCUAAGAAAAACAAUCAGCUAAUGCAAAAUACAGCAUGUGGAUUAUUAUCUUGAAUACGGACUAACUCAACAUGGUUCAUCCAUUAAGCUUGGGUAUGAUGUUACAGUCGCCCAGCAGAUGCAACAAGAAGUAUAAGAAGAUUACACGACACCUCAGACUGUUGUACCCAUGGUCGAAGACGUAACUCCGUCUGGAGGCAAUUAGUGGGAAUCCGUAGUUAGAGGCGCGAAGACGCUCGUGUUCUAAUCAAGAAUGUAUUCGAUUCUCUGCUGCCAGAGUUCCUGUAGCAGUUUGUCCGACGGAAUUUUGCGAAUACAGCAACCCGCUGUAAUUCCUCUCAGGCUUUAAUCAGGACUCUUAACAGGAUUUCUAGAGUGCAAGGAGGAUAAUAAGAGGGCUGGAUGAUGAUCACAAUAAACACUCUAACGAAAAAGCUUGAAUUUUUCGACAGGAAGGAUAUAGGAGCUAUGACUUAGCAACGAAAAAAAAAAAAAAGAUGGAAUUCCCAAUCUCGCUUGUUAAGAAUGUAAAA